AUGGAAGCGCAGCACCGGCUUGGGCCCUGCAACAUCGCAUGGAGGGGCCGUACGGAGGCCGAAAAGAACAACAAUAACAACAGCCCCAUCAUCGAACCAACCGUCGUGGCGUUGGUGCUGGUGGCAAGUUCCCUCCACGAGGAGCCGCGACGCCCACCGGGCGAAGGCACCGAGUCGCCCAAAAUCAAACAUGGCGGAGACACAGGCGCUGGCGAACAAAUCUGCGGCCAGCAGCCUGGAGCGAUGGAGCCCGUUGCUGGGCUUGCCGCGCAAAACUACUGCGGCCGCAGAGAAUAUUUACCGGGAGGCGCAUCGCAUUCGCCUAUCACUUCGGGCGAGGGCUGC